UGAUCAUUCAUCCCACCAUUAUAUUUCUUCCUAUUCAAUUCAACAAGCUAAGCUAAAGUUAUAUACCAAAAUUAAAGCAACCAUGAAUCGUGCGAUGGCUCCCGUGAUCUUCAUAGCGGCGGUGCUCGCCGCAGUGCGGCUUGGCCAAGCCAUCGACUGCCAGACGGUGGACUUAAUCAUUUCCUCUUGCCUCGGCUACCUCCAAGAGGGCGGCGCUCAUCCUCCAAUGGAGUGCUGUGACUCCUUCAGAAACCUGCUCAGGGGUACUCCGACGCAGCAAGACAGGCAGGAGGCCUGCGAAUGUCUCAAGGCCACCGCCGCUAGACCCGACAUCAAGGCCGACGUUGCCUCCGUUCUUCCCUGGAGUUGUGGUCUUGCGAGCAGUAUUACCAUCAGCCGCGAUAUCAACUGUCAAAACGUCCUUUGAAGUUGAAGACUAUACCGGACUGGUAUACUCUGAUCGGAUCGAGGGGAAGCUUUGGAUAGCCGCCGCUUGAAAUAAUAUGUUUUGUGUUAAGUUUACAAUAAAGAUUGAAGUGUCACUUUUGUUACAUAAUGUAUAAAAGAUUAUAUGAUGUUUCAAUUCUAUGAAUAAAAUUAUCCAAUCUAUUUUAUUAA